ACUCUGGGCGAGGCUCGCGCACUUCGCUCCGGGAGCCGUUCCUUCGCUUCCACCUUUUUUCUCCCCCACACUUCGCGGCUUCUUCAUGCUUUUUCUUCUCACCAUUUCUGGCCAAAACUACAAACAAGACUUCGCAGUGGUGAACUAUGACAAUGUAGUGGACACGGGCUCCGAAACCGACGACGAGGACAAGCUUCAGAUCGCCGAGGAGGAUGGGCUGGCCAACCCCCUGGACCAGGAGAGGAGCCCGGCUGGCAUGCCCAACCACGAGUCCUCCCCGCACGUGAGCCAGGCUCUGCUGCCAAGAGAGGAAGAGGAAGAUGAGAUGAGGGAGGGUGGCGUGGAACAUCCCUGGCACAGCAACGACAUUCUGCAAGCCUCUGUAGACGGUCCAGAAGAAAUGAAGGAAGACUAUGACACUAUGGGGCCGGAAGCCGCGAUCCAGACCACAAUUAACAAUGGGACAGUUAAGAACGCCAAUUGCACAGCAGACUUUGAGGAAUACUUUGCCAAAAGGAAACUGGAGGAGCGCGACGUCCACGCCGUGAGCAUCGAGGAGUACCUUCAGCGCAGCGACACGGCCAUCAUCUACCCCGAGGCCCCCGAGGAGCUGUCUCGCCUGGGCACGCCCGAGGCCAACGGGCAGGAAGAAAAUGACCUGCCACCUGGAACUCCAGAUGCUUUUGCCCAACUGCUGACCUGCCCCUACUGCGACCGGGGCUACAAGCGCCUGACGUCCCUGAAGGAGCACAUCAAGUACCGCCACGAGAAGAACGAGGAGAACUUCGCCUGCCCGCUGUGCAGCUACACGUUCGCCUACCGCACCCAGCUCGAGCGGCACAUGGUGACGCACAAGCCGGGGACCGACCAGCACCAAAUGCUGACCCAAGGAGCAGGUAAUCGCAAGUUCAAAUGCACAGAGUGCGGCAAGGCCUUCAAAUAUAAACACCAUCUGAAAGAACACCUGCGAAUUCACAGUGGUGAAAAACCUUACGAGUGCCCAAACUGCAAGAAACGUUUCUCCCAUUCCGGUUCCUACAGUUCGCACAUCAGCAGCAAGAAAUGUAUUGGUUUAAUCUCUGUAAAUGGCCGAAUGAGAAAUAAUAUCAAGACGGGUUCUUCCCCUAAUUCUGUUUCUUCUUCUCCUACUAACUCAGCCAUUACCCAGUUAAGAAACAAAUUGGAGAAUGGAAAACCACUUAGUAUGUCUGAACAAACAGGCUUACUUAAGAUUAAAACAGAACCACUAGACUUCAAUGACUAUAAAGUUCUUAUGGCCACACACGGGUUCAGCGGCGCUAGUCCCUUUAUAAACGGUGCACUUGGAGCCACCAGCCCUUUAGGAGUUCAUCCGUCUGCUCAGAGUCCAAUGCAGCACUUAGGUGUAGGGAUGGAAGCCCCUUUACUUGGAUUUCCCACGAUGAAUAGUAAUUUAAGCGAGGUACAAAAGGUUCUACAGAUUGUGGACAAUACGGUUUCCAGGCAAAAAAUGGACUGCAAGGCUGAAGAAAUUUCAAAGUUGAAAGGUUAUCACAUGAAGGAUCCAUGCUCUCAACCUGAGGAACAAGGAGUUACCUCUCCUAAUAUGCCACCUGUAGGUCUUCCAGUAGUGAGUCAUAAUGGUGCCACUAAAAGUAUUAUUGACUAUACAUUAGAAAAAGUCAACGAAGCCAAAGCUUGCCUCCAGAGCUUGACUACUGACUCAAGGAGACAGAUCAGUAACAUAAAGAAAGAGAAGCUACGUACUUUAAUAGAUCUGGUCACCGAUGACAAAAUGAUUGAGAACCACAGCAUAUCCACUCCAUUUUCAUGCCAGUUCUGUAAAGAAAGUUUUCCUGGCCCCAUCCCCCUGCAUCAGCAUGAACGUUACCUUUGUAAAAUGAAUGAAGAGAUCAAGGCAGUCCUGCAACCUCAUGAAAACAUAGUCCCCAACAAAGCCGGAGUUUUUGUUGAUAAUAAAGCCCUCCUCUUGUCAACUGUACUUUCUGAGAAAGGAAUGACAAGCCCCAUCAACCCAUACAAGGACCACAUGUCUGUACUCAAAGCAUAUUAUGCUAUGAACAUGGAGCCCAACUCUGAUGAACUGCUGAAAAUUUCCAUUGCUGUGGGCCUUCCUCAGGAAUUUGUGAAGGAAUGGUUUGAGCAACGAAAAGUCUACCAGUAUUCAAAUUCCAGGUCACCAUCACUGGAAAGGAACUCCAAGCCGUUAGCUCCCAACAGUAACCCUCCCACAAAGGACGCUUUAUUACCCAGGUCUCCCGCAAAACCUAUGGACUCCAUAACAUCGCCGUCUAUCGCAGAACUCCACAACAGCGUUACGAAUUGUGACCCUCCUCUCAGGCUGACAAAACCUUCCCAUUUUCCCAGUAUUAAACCAGUUGAAAAAUUGGACCACUCGAGGAGUAACACUCCUUCUCCCUUAAACCUUUCCUCCACAUCUUCUAAAAACUCCCACAGUAGUUCUUACACUCCAAACAGCUUCUCUUCCGAGGAGCUCCAGGCUGAGCCUUUGGACUUGUCAUUACCAAAACAAAUGAAAGAACCCAAAAGUAUUAUAGCCACAAAGAACAAAACAAAAGCUAGCAGCAUAAAUUUAGACCAUAACAGUGUUUCUUCAUCAUCCGAAAACUCAGAUGAGCCUCUAAACUUGACUUUUAUCAAGAAGGAGUUUUCAAAUUCAAAUACUCUGGACAGCAAAAGCACUAACCCAGUGUUCGGCAUGAACCCAUUUAGUGCCAAACCUUUAUACACAGCUCUUCCUCCACAAAGCGCAUUUCCCCCUGCCACUUUCAUGCCACCAGUCCAGACCAGUAUCCCUGGGCUACGACCAUACCCAGGACUGGAUCAGAUGAGCUUCCUACCACAUAUGGCCUAUACCUACCCAACUGGAGCAGCUACUUUUGCUGAUAUGCAGCAAAGGAGAAAGUACCAACGGAAACAAGGAUUUCAGGGAGAAUUGCUUGAUGGAGCACAAGACUACAUGUCAGGCCUAGAUGACAUGACAGACUCCGACUCCUGUCUGUCUCGAAAGAAGAUCAAGAAGACAGAGAGUGGCAUGUAUGCGUGUGACUUAUGUGACAAGACAUUCCAGAAAAGCAGUUCCCUUCUGCGACACAAAUACGAACACACAGGAAAGAGACCGCACCAGUGUCAGAUCUGCAAGAAGGCGUUCAAACACAAGCACCACCUGAUCGAGCACUCGAGGCUGCACUCGGGCGAGAAGCCCUACCAGUGCGACAAGUGCGGCAAGCGCUUCUCGCACUCGGGCUCCUACUCGCAGCACAUGAACCACCGGUACUCGUACUGCAAGCGCGAGGCGGAGGAGCGCGAGGCGGCGGAGCGCGAGGCGCGCGAGAAGGGCGCGCUGGAGCCGGCCGAGCUGCUGCUGGGCCGCGCCUACCUGCAGAGCCUCACGCCGCAGGGCUACUCGGACUCGGAGGAGCGCGAGAGCGGGCCGAGGGACGGCGGGAGCGAGCGCGAGCACGACAAGGACGGCGACGAGGGCUACGGCAAGCUGGCGCGGGGGCGCGGCGACGAGGAGUUCGAGGAGGAGGAGGAGGAGAGCGAGAACAAGAGCAUGGACACGGACCCCGAGACGCUGCGCGACGAGGAGGAGGCGGCGGAGCACUCCCUGGACGAGAGCUCGGAGGACGGCAAGAUGGAAACCAAAUCGGACCGCGAGGAGGACGCCAUGGAGGACGGCAUGUAAUGAACUACUGCGUUUUCAGCUUCCUGUUUGUUUGUUUUCUCCCCCCCC